UACUUUAGUUCGUGCUCGUCGCUGGGACGAAUCGGUUCGGCCUGUAUCCAACGAACGCGUUUUAUUUUCAAGUUCCUCGUUCCCGUAUAAGCCCUAUAACCGAGUUAGCGAAAGACCAAAGGUUAUCGGUACAUCGAAAAUUUGUUUUCUGUUUACGGUCAGUCAAAUUUACAUUAUAACAACUAGAUGUCUCAUUUUCAGAUUUGAAUGGGGAUGUUGGACACACUGAAAUUCUUCAUAUUCGUCCUACUGUUGCUUAUCACAAUACUACUGAAUCAAAAUGUCACAUCGAAAAAAUCCGGUGAGCGAGAUAUCAGCCAGUUUUGGCGCAUCGAGAACGAAAAUGGAACACUCAAGAUAGAAAAUCAAACGAUUCCUUCGGGAAUAUACAGCGCACUGGAGCAAGCCCUGAUCAUCGAAUCGGUGCUGGACUUCAAAAACGAUUUGACCACAAAAUGGAUAGCCCGUGACAAUUGGACGUACUCUGUGCCCCUGACGUGCAACAUUAAAGAGCUCAACUUUACCAACGUGGUGCUAACGCUCCAUGGAGUGGACACAUUCUCGAAGGUAUACCUCAACGAGGAAUUGUUGGGCGAAACAAGCAACAUGUUCGUUCGUUACAGAUACAACGUGAAGAAUGCGCUCCGGAACGAGUGUAAAAACUCCCCGGAACUGCGAAUCCAAAUCCGAUCGCCCGUUUCGGAAGCGUCUCUGCUGGCAUCUCAGUACGACCAACUGAAAAUAGUUCCGGAAUGCCCCCCGCCGCGGUACAACGGAGAGUGUCACGUGAACAUGAUCCGCAAGAUGCAAGCCAGCUUUGCCUGGGAUUGGGGCCUGGCAGUACCUUCAAUGGGGUUAUGGAAACCGGUACGGUUGGAGUAUUACGAUUCCGCGAAAAUUCGGGACAUCACAUUUGCGCUGUUCGACGAGGAGACCCACUGGAGGAUGCUGGUUGGAGUGUAUCUAGAGUCCGGAACCACAAAACGGAAGCUUCAGGGGACUUUGAUGUUCAAAAUAUUAGGGGUUCAAUUGGAAAACGAAAUCGUCAACGUGAGCAAGAACAGUGACGAAUCGGGAGAGCUCUUUGUAGAGCAUACACUGAAGGUCAACAAAACCUCGGUAGACCUUUGGUGGCCGAAUGGCUAUGGCCGACAGAAACUGUAUAACCUCUAUGUGAAGUGGGAAGAUAAUGCAAUCAACAACGUUCAGCUUCAUUAUCGGGAAACGUUGAUCGACGAGAAGGUCAUACGAAUCGGUUUUCGAACCAUCCAACUUAGCCAGGAACGAACCUCCGAUGGACUUAUGUUCUACUUCAUCGUUAACAGCGUCCCUAUGUUUAUGAAGGGGUCAAAUUGGAUCCCUUCAUCGGUGUUACCGGAAAGCUCGUAUGAUGAAAACUACGUCAAAUUUCUCCUGUAUGCCGCACGUGAUGCCAACAUGAACAUGCUGCGAGUAUGGGGCGGUGGAGUGUACGAGAGCGACUACUUCUACCAGCUUGCUGACGAGCUGGGAAUUCUAAUUUGGCACGACAUGAUGUUCGCGUGUUCCAUGUAUCCCGCAAACGAAGCCUUCCUGAACAGUGUUAAGGUCGAAGUCAUCCAAAACGUUCGACGAAUUCAGUACCACCCGAGUAUUGCAAUUUGGGCCACUAACAAUGAAAACGAGGUGGCUCUACGUCAGAACUGGUACGGAACGAAUGUGAACGAGGACGUCUACAUCGAGGAAUACAAGAAGUUAUAUGUCAGCGUGAUACAACCUAGGAUUGCCAAAGUGGACAAAUGGCGUGCUAUUCUGAUCUCUUCACCAUCCAAUGGAGAUCAGUCGACCAAAGAAGGCUACAUUUCUAAGAAUCCUCAGGAUCCACUUUACGGUGAUGUUCACUAUUAUAACUACAUACAUGAUGGUUGGAAUCCAGUCAUCUACAGAGGAGGACGUUUCAUAUCAGAGUACGGUUUCCAAUCAUUCCCGGCACUUACCAGUUGGCCUGUACGGGACCUAAGAAAUGAAGAGCUAACAGACCUGAUUGAACAUCGCCAGCACAGUCCGUUGGGAAACGUCCCAAUUCUUCAUAUGAUCGACGAAAACCUCCCGAUGCCAAGUAACGAAUCCGCCGACUAUUGGCGGGACAUCAUCUACCUCAGUCAGAUUUCGCAGGCUAUGAUCGUCAAAACGGAAACUGAAGUGUACCGGUCGAAAAGAAUCGAGCACGGCACAAUGGGCGCACUCUAUUGGCAACUCAACGAUGUCUGGAUAGCUCCAUCCUGGUCUAGUAUAGAAUACGGCGGAAAGUACAAGAUCCUUCAGUACUGGAUAAAGGACGUUUUCGCGCAAAGUCACGUCAUAGCGUACAUCAACGCUAUGAAUAAGUUAGAUGUCUAUCUAGUUCGGGACACUUUGGGUUCGGAUGAAGUAUGGACUGUUGAGGUUAAUAUCCAUCAGUGGGAUAAGUUUAUGCGUGUUGACAACCUCACUUUCCAUUCCAUCAAAGUUCCAGAAAAUACAGUCGUACGAAUAGGAACCUACGACAUCUACGACCACUUGCGCCAAAAGAAUAUGGAUCCCAAAGAGCAUCUUUUGCUGAUCAAUCUGCUCCGAGAUGGCACCAAAAUAGCCGAGAAUGUUGUGCUGCUGAAAAAGAUCAAAACUGCAACGCAGAUAGCAGAUCCUUCUCCCAGACUCACGAUAGCCGCGGUCAACUGUAAUGCGGCCACCAAUGUGGUGCACGUGAGCCUAGAGGUGGUCGUUAGUUCACCGGCAGUGUUUUUGUACAUGGAUCUGACCCCGGAGAACAGUUCACUAAAGCAGUGUCAGUUUUCCAAAAAUGGAUUCCUCCAGUUUACACCCAUACAGACCGUCCACCUGAAGUGUGUUGAUAUUGGGUGCAAAUCUAAACUACAAGCUAGCGACAUUGAGAUAUUGACGGUCAAUGAUUUAUUAUUGCGGCAGACUAACUAGCUGAUAUAUGUGGCAAUAAAGUAUAUUUAAAUGAGA